AAGUUGUAUAGCAUUAUAUAUUCUGCCAUCCCAACCCGUACUCUCUCUCUCUCUCUGUGGAUUUUUAAGAUCUCCCUCCUCACAUGCUCAAGCUUUCUGCUACUCUCACAUGGUCUCCCAGGCAUGACCUCACUUCCGAAACUCCAAAUCUUCUUUACAAGGUGGAUUGGACUGCAAGGAGACAGUAAGAAGCAGGCGGAAGAUGGCGGAGGAGACGAGGAAGCAACAGAGAGUCCCAAGUCGCCGAGUUCGCCGGUGGAGUGCUACGCGUGCACGCAGGUCGGUGUUCCAGCCUUCCACUCAACCAGCUGCGACCAAGUCCACCCGCCUGAGUGGGAAGCCAGUGCCGGGUCGUCCCUACUCCCGAUCGGAAACCUUGGAAGCUCCUCGGGGAAGUCGAGGCAGUCGUUGAGGUUGAGGGGACCGUUUGGGCGGGUGCUGGACCCUCGGAGCAAGCGCGUGCAGAAGUGGAAUAGGGCUCUCUUACUGGCGCGUGGGAUGGCCUUGGCCAUAGACCCGUUGUUCUUCUUCGUGCUGUCGAUAAGGACUGACGGUGGCGCUCCUCCCUGUCUCUACAUGGACGGUGGGUUCACCGCCAUCUUGACGCUGCUGCGGACGGUGGUGGAUGCGGUACACCUCUGCCACAUCUUGUUACAGUUCCGUCUCGCUUACGUGUCCAGGGAGUCUCUGGUCGUCGGUUGCGGCAAGCUCGUCUGGGACCCGCGUACCAUCGCAUCUCACUAUCUUCGCUCCUUCAAAGGCUUCUGGUUCGACGCCUUCGUUAUUCUCCCCGUCCCCCAGGUGGUUUUCUGGUCUGUGGUGCCCAAAUUGAUAAGGGAAGAGAAGAUAAAUCUGAUGAUGAUAAUCCUUCUACUAAUCUUCUUAUUCCAGUUCCUCCCAAAGGUCCUUCACAGCAUCUGCAUCAUGAGAAGAAUGCAGAAGGUUACUGGUUACAUCUUUGGCACCAUUUUAUGGGGCUUUCUCCUUAAUCUCAUUGCCUACUUCAUUGCUUCCCAUGUGGCUGGGGGUUGCUGGUAUGCCCUUGCAAUCCAACGAGUGGCAUCAUGCCUGGAACAGCAAUGUGAUAGAGGUAAGAAGUGCAGAGUAUCUUUGUCUUGCGCAGAGGCGAUCUGCUACCGGUUUCCGCUAACGGCAGAUAUCAUCAAGACUCCAUGUGGUAUUAAUUCGACAAUGACGACAAUGCCUACCGGGAUUCCGAAUGUGCCACUAUGUUUAGACAGCAAUGGACCUUACAAUUUUGGUAUCUAUAUAUGGGCUCUCCCAGUCAUUUCCAGCAACUCUAUUGUGAUUAAGAUCCUUUACUCAAUAUGUUGGGGCUUGAUGACCCUCAGUACAUUUGGUAAUAUUCUUGCACCUACAAGUCAGUGGCUAGAAGUGAUAUUCAGUAUAACUACUGUGCUCAGUGGCUUGAUGCUUUUCACUCUAUUGAUUGGGAAUAUUCAGGUAUUUCUGCACGCAGUCAUGGCCAGGAAGAGGAAAAUGCAAUUGAGGUGUCGAGACUUAGAAUGGUGGAUGAAAAGACGACAAUUACCACUGCGUCUGAGACAAAGAGUACGCCAUUUUGAAAGACACAGAUGGGCUACCAUGGGUGGAGAAGAUGAGAUGGAAUUGAUCAAAGACUUGCCCGAAGGACUCCGGCGAGACAUUAAGCGCUACCUUUGCUUGGAUCUCAUCAAGAAGGUUCCUCUGUUCCACAACUUGGAUGAUCUAAUCCUGGACAACAUUUGUGACAGGGUCAAGCCACUAGUUUUCUCUGAGGACGAAAAGAUAAUCAGAGAAGGAGACCCAGUGCAGAGAAUGGUAUUUGUGAUGCGUGGUCAGUUACAGAGUAGCCAAAAACUAAGCAAAGGCAUGGUAUCAACAUGCAAGCUAGGCCCUGGGAGCUUCCUAGGGGAUGAACUCCUUUCAUGGUGCCUUCGCCGCCCAUUCAUUGAUCGCCUUCCUGCAUCAUCCGCGACUUUUGUCUGUGUUGAAGCAACAGAAGCAUUCGGCCUAGAUGCACACCAUCUUCGAUUCAUCACCGAGCACUUCCGAUAUAGAUUUGCUAAUGAAAGACUCAAGAGGACAGCCAGGUACUACUCAUCCAACUGGAGAACAUGGGCUGCCGUGAACAUACAAUUGGCCUGGCGCCUCUAUAUGAGGAGGAGAAGGGGUCCUAUAAUUCGGGCACCAGAAAAUGGCAAUAGCAAUAGCGAUCGUCUGCUUAUGCGUUAUGCUGCAAUGUUCUUGUCCCUUAGACCGCAUGAUCACCUUGAAUAAGCGCCUAAGCUGCCUUCAUUUGCUGUUUGGCCUGAAGAAUUAUGAAAAUUCAAAUUGUUGGCUGGACUUUGGGAAAUCAUUGAUCCAGUUUAUCUAGUUACUCAAAAACAUUAAAAAUAAAAUAAAAUAAAUACAUUUACCUAUAAAAAAAUAAAAAUAAAAAGGUUCUGACCAUUGGAUA